AAUACUGGAAACCGGCGGGCAUCAACGCCCACACCAGAAUUGAAAGGAAUCGAAGAGGAGACUGAAGAGGGUGAUCAGGGGAAGAGUGAGACUGGCGCGACCGCAAAAAAUGAACCCAGCGAGAAAGAAGAGGUUGUAACAUCCUCCUCCCCACCCAGAGAAGGAAAAGCUAGGAGACCGUCGCCUUGGUUCACGGGAGGCAACCGACGAACAGAUAGCGAAGGAAAAGACGAGAAACGAAACGACGCACAACGAAAGAACAGUGAUCAUAAUGACUCAAGAUCAAACCACGGUAACGGAAGCAAACAGCAGGGCCGACAAGAUCAGAGGCAUCGUAGCGGAAGUAAACCUCAACAGCAAAGGCAACAGUCACAACCAGUACAAAGACCCCGAGGAAAUAGCGGCGGCCAAUUCCGGCCGAGCAGUGGAAGUCUUUCGGCGAAUUGGAGAGAGCGCCAAUCUGAGCCAACGCCCAAGGAAAAAACGAAGGAAGUUGAGGUUAAGAAAGAUAGUGAAAAAAGCACGGAGCGCAAGAUCUCUAAGGGAGACGACGAGAAGAAAGCAAAAGGAACAGAAGAGGUAAAACAAAAUGGAGAAGCGAAGAGCCCGGAUGAGAAACCGAGCGGGCCUGUGAGCGAUGAAAAGCCCGCUGACGCAUGCGCGGCUAAAAGUAAGACUCCGCAAACUAAGAGAAACGUUCAAGAGAAUUGAGAGGAACUUGUGUGGAAACCAUUCCUUUGAUGUAGAAAAUUGUACAGACAGAUAGAACUCUAUCUAUCUAUUGAAUUAUAACAACUAAUUUAUCGAUGGAUCAGAUCUCGGCCUAUUCAAUUUUACGCACAGUACCUAAUCUACAGCUGUUCUGUUCAUGCAUCAAGCGAACGAUCUCAUUUUUAAGUAAUGAUCUUUAUUGAUCUUGCCAACUUCAUGGUGCUGUGAGUUUUUAAAAAUCCUCAAUCAAUCAAAUACUGUUACAAACUACAUCCACCCGUACUUCUUACUCUUUGGAAAGGUAUGACUCUUCUUUCGCCAACAGUGAAUAGUCAAAGGACUUAAGAUUGAAAUCGCCAGAUCCGAAAUGAUUUUGAAUUGAUAUUUUUAUAACUCGAUGCAAGUUACAUCUAAGUGAUGUAAGGAAUAAAAUUACGGGCAGUUAAUGA